AUGGACGCGUCGCGGGACAUCGGCAGCUUUGUGGUGUGGGACUACGUGGUGUUUGCAGGCAUGCUGCUCAUCUCGGCCGCCAUUGGCAUCUACUAUGCCUUCGCGGGGGGCGGCCAGCAGACCUCCAAGGACUUUCUGAUGGGUGGCCGCAGUAUGACCGCGGUGCCGGUGGCUCUGUCCCUCACCGCCAGCUUCAUGUCCGCUGUCACUGUCCUGGGCACCCCCGCCGAGGUCUAUCGUUUUGGGGCAAUUUUCAGCAUCUUUGGGAUCACCUACUUUUUUGUGGUGGUCAUCAGCGCGGAGGUCUUCCUUCCCGUGUUCUAUAGGCUGGGGAUCACCAGCACCUACGAGUAUUUGGAACUUCGAUUUAAUCGAUUCAUCCGUCUCUGUGGGACAAUCCUCUUCAUCGUUCAAACAAUUCUGUAUACUGGAAUUGUUAUUUAUGCCCCUGCUCUGGCUUUGAAUCAAGUUACAGGAUUUGAUCUGUGGGGCGCAGUGGUGGCAACUGGGGUGGUCUGCACUUUCUACUGCACAAUGGGUGGUCUUAAAGCAGUUGUCUGGACAGAUGUUUUUCAAGUUGGGAUCAUGGUGGCUGGAUUUGCAUCUGUGAUUAUACAGGCGGCAAUAACUCAAGGUGGGAUCAAUACAGUUUUAAGUGAUGCCUCCAAUGGUGGAAGAUUAAACUUCUGGAAUUUUAAUCCCAGCCCUCUGCAAAGACACACAUUCUGGACAAUUAUCAUCGGAGGGACUUUCACCUGGACCACCAUCUAUGGUAUCAACCAGUCCCAAGUACAGAGAUACAUUUCCUGUAAAAACAGACUCCAUGCAAAACUGUCUCUCUACAUCAACCUUGUGGGCCUCUGGGUGAUCCUCACUUGCUCUGUGUUCUGUGGGCUCGCCCUGUACUCCAGAUACCAUGACUGUGACCCCUGGACAUCUAAGAAAGUGUCGGAAGUUGACCAGCUUAUGCCUUACUUGGUCCUGGACAUUUUGCGAAAUUACCCGGGAGUUCCUGGACUUUUUGUGGCCUGUGCUUACAGUGGGACGUUAAGCACAGUGUCCUCCAGCAUCAAUGCCUUAGCUGCGGUGACCGUGGAAGAUCUCAUCAAACCUCACUUCAAGUCACUGUCAGAGAAGUCUCUGUCUUGGAUUUCCCAAGGAAUGAGUGUGCUGUAUGGAGCACUGUGUAUCGGAAUGGCUGCUCUGGCAUCACUGAUGGGAGCCUUGUUACAGGCAGCACUCAGCAUAUUUGGCAUGGUUGGUGGACCACUUCUGGGCCUGUUUUCUUUGGGCAUCUUAGUCCCCUUUGCCAAUCCAAUUGGAGCUCUCACUGGUCUGUUGGCUGGAUUUGCCAUUUCUUUAUGGGUAGGAAUUGGAGCUCAGCUUUAUCCUCCGCUUCCCGAGAGAACCUUACCGUUAUCCCUUGAAACCCAUGGCUGUAACAUCACACACAAUGGAUCAGCCUGGAUAUCAACCACAGAAAUGCCGUUUUCUACUAGCGCUUUCCAAAUCCACAAUGUGGAGAGGACUCCGCUGAUGGACAAUUGGUAUUCAAUAUCAUAUCUGUAUUUCAGUACUAUUGGAACGUUGGUAACAUUGUUAGUGGGGAUACUUGUGAGUUUGUCAACAGGAGGAAGAAAACAGAAUUUAGACCCUCGAUUCUUACUAACCAAACAGGACUUUUUAUCCAAUUUUGAUGCUUUUAAGAAAAAGAAUCAUGUUUUAAGCUAUAAAUUGCAUCCUCUGGAAGAUGGUGGAACUGAUAACCCCGCCUUCAACCACAUUGAGCCAAACUCCACAGAUCGCAGUGGCAAGAUGAACGGGACGCGCUUGUGAAGCAACCCAGAGCUAGAGACCACCAUGCCAUGCCUGUCUUUUUUUUUAAAUAUGUUUUAGGAUAAUUGGAUGAGAUCAUUUUUUCAAACCCUUAUCAUAGGUGUUUUGGAAGAUUUGUUUUUGUUAAAGCUAAGUCUCAACUUGGUUUACUUUCUACACUAAUUUAUUGAUGCUACACUAGACUUAAGAGUUUCAACAUCAGUAUAUUUCAGUAGAGUUACAGUUGUGAAUGUUAUGACCACAUGCAUGUCUGAAAGACAAAUACAGACAUACACAUAUGAUACUUGAUCAAAGGCAUAUUCUUACACUUGGACAUUAUUGAAAAUAUUUUCCGUGCCUUUGGUAUUAGUAUAUAAAUUCUGGGGUAUUUAACUAGAAUCAUAAAUCCUGGAAAGAUUUCUUUCUUGCCUCCCCUACAUAUUCUGUUUCUAGGCAGCAGUGAAAUGAGGAGGAAUAGAGCAUGUCUGUGAUCUUUACUUCUGGAUCAGCCCAUGGUGUAACUUUGCUACUGAUUCUGCCUCUGGAAUGGAGUAACCAAAAGGAUCCUGCCUAGGACACAAUAGGGACGCAAGGAUCAAGAUAAUCGUUAAUACAUUCUUGUGCCUGUUUAAUUCCCCCUGAGAUCCCCGGCUAUUGGCCAAUUACAUUGCCGGUCAUAGACUAUAGACUGUUGACUAUAGACUAUAGACCACUGGCUGUAGACUACAGACUAUAGCCUAUAGUUCUUGUCAUCAUUCUUAGUUUUUGUCCCAACAAUCUUGCUUUUGUUGGGCACAUUGUCCAGGCUUAACUGUUUCAGUUUCCUGGGCUUAUAUAUGUCUUGAGACAACAAUAUGAAUCAUGUCACCUCUGUCCCUCACCCACCAGGUCCCAGCUAUAAAUUAUAUAUGCCCACUCACCUGAUACUGACUAAUGAAUACUUCAUAAAGAUUUGGUGACUCAAGAACAUCGUAUAUUUAAAAAUGGUAAAGUCCCAUGGGGUCAGAUAAUUGUUUUUAGUGCUGUCAAGUUGAACUACUAAUUCAUAUAUUUAAAGAGCUAAAUUUCAUAGGUAAAUACUACUUUUCUUUUCACCUGUUCCAGACUUAUUACAUACAUGUUUUGUUCUAUCUUCUAAGAUUUCAAGCAGUAGUCUCAAAGUUCUCAGCCAUUUAUUUGGCUGUGUUCAUAGCUAUAACUUGCAUUAUGGAAUUUCAUCAAUAACUUAUUUUUCUAUAAUACCACAUUAGAUAUUGUUUAAAAGAUUAAGAACGUUUUCACAUUUUUAAAAGAGAAAUAUUGACAUUUUAAAAAUAAUUUAUAAUUUUAUACAUACUUCUUGGUCUGUCAUAUUUAGACAGCCAUGCUUUGUACAUUUAAAGGUUGUUCACUGAGAUUGAAAACUAAAAUAUUAAAAAAUAUUAGCAUUUAUCUGAAGCGAAGAGAUUUAUAUACUAUU